UCGUAGAGACGUCGUCUCGUUACUUUUUUUGUGUGUGUUUGUGUGAAAAAAUGUAGAAAAGAUUAUUUUUUGAGACAAAAAAUGAAGAAAAAUUUUUUAAAACCGAAAAUUUAAUAUAUAUAAAGUGAUGUUUUUUAUAAAUCUAUAAUAGUUUUGAUAAAAUAUAGUAGCUAAAUUUAAAUUAAUAACAAUUUAGUGAGAAAAUGUUGUGAUUUGUAAUAAGAAAAGUGGAAAUUUUCUGGUAAAGUAGGCCAAAUCAAAAGAAAAAAACACAAGGAGAACAAGAAAUUACACAAAAAAAAACCAACGAAAUAACAGCAGAAGCAGAGCAACAAACAGCACAAGUUAUAAAAAAAAUUAUAUAUAAAAAGAAAAAUAUAAAUUGUGAAGUACAUAGAUGAAAACCCAUAAAUAGCAAAAAAAAAAUUUAAAGAAAUAAAAUUUCUCACACACUAAAAGAAACAAAUAUUUAAAACAACAAAAAAAACAAGUAAAUCAAACAGCAAAAUACAAAAAACAACAAAUAAAACUCAAGUGAAAGAAGAAAAUACUGGUUUCCUUUUUGUUUCAUAUACAUCAUCGUUAGUUGUUGUUGUUGCUUAAUGUAUUUACAGCAAACACAGCAACCAGCCAGCCAACCAACAAACAACAGCAACAAUACCAUACCCGUAAAAAACAAGUUGAGUAAAAAAUAAUAAAAAAAAUACAACACACACUCACACUUACUCAUCCAUAUAAAUUAACUACGGUUUUUUUGCUUGUUCGUCUUCUACCCAUAAUAACUACAACUACAACAACUACAAGCAUAUUAUAGAAAAACAAAUGUAAUAAAAAAAACCCGCUAAAAAAAACCUCAAAAACUAGCAAAAGAAAGUGGUGAAACUUCUUUUAAAAAAAACUUAGACAAAAAUGUACAACAACAAGUACAUAUACUUUGAGUGUAGCUUUUUUAACUAAGUUUAUGCUGCUAAUGUUACUUCACUACUAUUAGUUUUUACUAAUAUUUUUUUUGUUCCCUACCAACCCUAAGAAAUCGGGGGUCUUAUGCAUUUUGCAAAGGAUAUUUAUCAUCAUUUAUAAUUACUACCACACAUUUUGCAAAAGACUUUUCCAAGUUUACAAAAUAUGGAUCCAGGCAGACAUCACGAUUUUUUGGCCAAUACAGAUGAUCGUUCUAAUAGAAACAAUUAUUAUGGACGCGAAAUACCAGAAAUAACAUCACAUCACUACUAUGGACCCGCCACAACCACAACGAGGACGGUAAGCAGUAAUACACGUAAACCCUGUGGUUGUACGACCACGGGUAGUGGUGCCACGGCCGGUAGUAUAACGUGCAAUGGCUGUCAUUUAAAUCCAGCUGAUGAGGGUGGAGGCUGGCCAACGAUGGCAACUAACAAUCCAAACGAUCACAGUCAAAGAGGUGCUGUUAUGGGAGGUGGCGGUGGUGGUGUUGUUGGCGUAGGUGGAGCAGUAGUAGGAAUGGGAAUGACAGGAGAUUACCACCAACGUAUGGCUCCAGAAGCUGCAGUACGUUCUAAUAUAAGACAAAGUCCCUUGUAUGUACAACAGCAUCCACAUCAACAACAUGUACAGCAGCAAAUACAACAACAGCCCAUGCAUGGUCCUAGUAUGAUACAAGCACAACAUCCGGGUCAUGUGGGGAACAUGCCGGGCAGUAGAACCAGCUAUUGGCCUCAGAGCGGCACACCUGCAAGUAGUACCAGUAGUAGUGGUACACAACCCUAUGGUGGUGCUGGCGAUGAGCAAUUAGGAGUUCUAACCAACCAAUCACAAUUAGAUAUUAGUGUUACAAGACGAAAUGCACCCGCUCCCAAUGACUAUGGACCCUACAAGUCAAUGUCAAUGCCAACGAAUGCUACACAUGCUGGCCAGCACAACAUUAACAAUAGUGGCAGUAGUAAUAGUGCAGUUAGUGGCUACCAGUUACCUACAUCUUCUCUAAAUACUUCGAAUCCCUUACACCAAAGGGUUAGUGCAAUAGGUGGACCGGGAGGAGGUGGAGCAAACGCAGCAGCGGGUAGUACUAACGCCAACACUCCAUAUAUGUCUAAGGAUCAACGCAUUUAUGAACAUCAGAAAUACUCCACACCUUCCUCGGCUUCAACGGCUAAAAUGGUUUACAAUAAUACACCAACGACCGCCAUGUACGAUAGUCAUCACCAUCAUCACCUGAAUAAUCAAGCUAUGGGCAAAACUCUGCCCAUCGACCAUCAUGUUAUAAAUCCCAGCAAUUUGCCAACCUCAAAAGAACAACAUCCAAGUCCAAAUUACGCCCGCAAAUGUCCCCAAAUGUAUGCGCCCGAAGAACAAACAACCGCUCACCAGCACUUGUACAUGUCGACGCCACAAUUUAGCUCGGAUAAAUUUACCCGAGCAUCUCCGCAGCAGCAGCAGCAGCAACAGCCACCACCACCUCCACCGCCUAGCGAUUAUACAAAAUUGCGUGAAAGUCCCAGUGGGAGUUCUUAUAUGGUGGCACCGCACAGCGAUAAAUACACAACUCCUCACAGCAUGCAGCAUGCCUCACAUUUAAGAGAAUCACCACAAUUUCCCACACAUACGACGACGGCGACGACGUCAAUGCCCCGUAAUCCCAGCUCGUAUUAUCCAGCCAGUCAGUCGCAAAAUCCCUCCAAAAUACUCCCACCGGAAAUGUCGCCCAUUAUAAUGAAACAAAGUCAUCAUACACAUCAUUAUCAGUAUUCAAAGAGUCCGCUACCACCUCCAUUACCACCGUCCCAUUUGCAACAGCAAACAAUUCCACCUCCCAACACACAAAUGGCAGCUAAAAGUCAAACAUCAAUGAAUGUGGGGCCUCCGCCGCCUCCCUCUAAUGCGUCCGUACACUCUCAGCGCUAUUUAAUGGACAGUGUGAAAAGGGAAGAUCUCGAAAUGUAUGAAAAUCCUAAUCAAACGUCUUCGCGCCACAAUGUUAGUGGUAUCUAUAUAAAUCCUUACAAUACUCCACCACCUACCGGUGAUAAUUGUUGUAAAGAGGUGGCAUUGUCCGCCUCCUCUUCGCCCUAUACCACGGGCUCGGCUACGCCCAACUAUCGGGUAGAAUCUCCACAAUUUUAUCCAACCAAAUAUGCCAAGUUGGCCAUGAAUGAGAAUCUAACUAACAGCAGCAAACACUCGCUAAUUAAUCAAAAUACUCCGCCGCCCAGCCGGGCACCCAGUCAAAGGGGUCAGCAUCAAGCCAACUACUAUUACGAAGGCAAUUCUCAUAGUGCUCCCUCGCCCGCAGCAGCUACGGCCGCCUCGCCCUCACCCUCAGCACUGCUAACGACUACAUCACAAACGCCCAUGCAUCAUACGGAGUACAUGUCCUCGACUUUGCAACCUGGACCCACAAUUGGACCGCCUCCACCCUCACAGCUGGUAGGGGCAAAUAUGCCCCAAUCUUAUGCCACACAACCACCCAUGGCGGCCCAGCAACAACAUCAUCUGGCACAUCAUCAGCAUCAACCCACAUCUGCUGCUUUAAGGAAUAAUGAUCUAAUGAUAACGGUGCAACCCACUUCAACACAUCCCUACGAACGUGCAAUACAUCACCCCAAUCAACCCACAUCGUCGCAACAUCUAAACUCGAAACAUGUGCUAACACAUCCUACGUCCACCACCUCCUCAGGGCUGCACUCUGCCAUACAAAUGCCACAGGGCAGUGCAAGUGCCGGCAAACCUGUUGCGAAACAUCAAAAACCCAACUAUCGUGAACUGAUUAAUCAAAAAUUGGCCAUGCGCAAUGCCACCUCCGAAGAAGAGCUCAAUAUGCAAAUCAUUAAAAAGACCCUCAAUGUAGAUUCUCAAAAUAUCAGAGCUCCGGCCAACACCAGCAAUCAGCAACAUCCCCUAACAGGCAGUAAUCGUGGCAUAGCCGCUAUGCCCAACCCACAGUUACAAGCUACUGAACGUUUACAAUCCGCAAGUUCGGUUAGAGAGUCUGCAAAUAGUCUCAAGCAACAUAAACCUUCGGGUUCGGUGUUGGUAACCCACAGUACUUUACCUUCCACGGCACGUAUAAUUGAGGGGACCGAAGCCUUACCACCCCAACGUCUCUGUAUCAAACAAGAAGAUGAAAAGCCCUCCUCAUCUUCCUCCAGCACUACUGCCUCUUCGCCGCUAGAUCUCUCCAUGCGCACGGUUAAAACCAAGGCUGACUCGACCGACUAUAAAUACCAACAAAGGCCACGUUUAACCAACCCAACGGCCAGUUCUACCACCUCCUCGGAAGGCCGUUAUACUUUGCCCCGGGUGGAUUCUACGCCCAUAUUUUCGGUGCAUGCUUUCGAACCGGGAGCGGCGGCAGCGGCUUCAAUGCCUGUAGCAAACAGACAGCCGACAUCCCGACACAAUUCCCUAGAUAGACGAAACUAUACGCCACCAACAUCACAGCAAGCUACACAUAAGACUACUAUGGGCGGUGGUAGUCCAUAUCCUCCCUCAUCUACACAACACAUUCCUGCCGCCUCUUCAACACAUCAUCCCUAUGGUAACAGUGGUGUUGGUAGUGGUAGUGGCUCUACGAGAAGAACUGAUUUAUCGAACAAUGUAGCGCCACAGUCUCCACAUCCCAUGAGUUGCUAUGAAAAUUCCUUGGUCAUUAAAACGGCACCCAAGCUAAAUAACCUUAAUAGCGAUUUAGUGGUGAGACCCUCAACCAUAACAGCGCCACCAGCCACGCCAUCAAACGCACAAACCUGCAGGCCUAGUGUUUUGGAGACAAAUCCCUAUGCGACAGUGAUUAAAAGCGAAACAAAACGUUUUAAUCAAACUCCACCAGCUUCUCCACAUCAUACUUUGGCGGCCGUGGAACGAUUACCCCCCGACACGAGUAUCAUGGCUUUGCCGGCUAGAAAUCCCUAUGGCGUUGUCAGAUCCGCCAUACAAACGAAUCACAAUGCAAAUGCCAAUAUUUCCAGUUCUAAUCCCAUAACGCCCUCAAAUUACUCACUGGCCUGCGAAAAGAAUCCCAAUUUUUUGGGCAGAAAGCGUCAUUUACAAGAGUAUUCCCAGCAAAUGUCGCUUAACGAACCAGACGCCAAACACAAACGUUAUAUGGACUCAUUAAUGCCUGCUACCGCAAAACCUCAAAUACCCAUGAGGCCGGCCGAUAUCUCAGUGAUAGCGGUGAAUGAGUUAAAGCAAGAGGAAGUGGAAAGAAGGUCUUUAAUUGCUACCAAAUCCAGAACAGAGGAGGAAGUUAGUUCUGUCAUAGCGUCCACCAUGAAUUGCAACAGCUCCACAAACAAUUCAAAAGUUAUUGUUAAUAAUAUCAAUGUGAAUGUUACAAAUCAUACUGCGUCGCCCUCGGUGCUAGUGGUGUGUAAACAAGAACCCUUAACACCCACGGGAGACCCACCAAAUCCCGCCUGUGCUAAAACACCAGAAAUGCCGGUAAAUGCCUUUACGGCACGCAUAAGAACUAAGGCUGAACUAAAGGGUUUCACUUUUAAUCCACCACCGCCGCCGCCCAUACAAAUGCCUGAAAUUAACCAUAAACCAGCCUCUCCUGCCAAAGUGGUAACCAUCAAACAGGAAGAAGUGGAAGAGGAUUUGUUGUUACCAGUCGACAAAAUUAAAGAAGAAGUUGUAAGCAAAAUUGAAUUACCUUCAAUACCAGGUUUGGAUGAUGAAUUUGAGGAGAAAAAUCUGUUAGAUUUUGGUUGGAGCAAUACCUGUAACAAUUUUAUGGAGCAACUAUUGACAAGGCCCAGUCCAAAGAAGAAAUGCAACACGAAUAUCCCCUUAAAUAAAGCGUGUAAAGAUGCCGAUAUGGUGGUGACUUCUAGCGAAGCAGUAACGACAACAACAACGAUGAAAUUGCCACAAGAAAAUCACAAUUUCUCCACCAUGGAAUCAGCAGAUAAUACCACACGCAGUUCCUUUGCCCGACUAGAUGCUGGUGUAGAAUCUAGUAUUACCUUUAAUAACGUCAAUCAGGAUUCACUUAAUUCACAAUGCUCGGGUUUUAUACACAAGAAAAUGUCAAAAACCGAUAGAGAAAAGAAACGUUACCAGCAGGAAAAACGUUUGGCCGAAAGGCUCAAAGCUAAGCAAUCCUCUUCGGAAAGCGAAGAUGAAUUGGAUAAACGCAAGACUGAACGUUUGAAAAAACCUCUCAUGAAAACGAAAAACAAAUUAAAGUCAGCCAAAACGGGAUCAAAUACAAAUUCAAAUAGUUCCUCCUCCACAACUCCAACGGAUAAAAAUCGUUUUUCUGACUGUGGCUCAGACUCGACAAGCACAGGAAUGACCGAGGAAAAGUCCAAUGCUAUACAAAAAUCACCCAUUAAAAUAGAAAUUAAGCAAGAGAUACUGGACAAGGAGGAGCAUGUAGAAAAGCUAAAGAACAACGAACAAGAAAAAUGUGAUAUUAAGCUAAAAGACGAGGAUAAAAAAGAUAAAAUGGAGGAUAAAACUAAGAAAAAAUCGUGUAACAUUAGCAGCAAAGCAGCCAAAGAAGAAAAACAAACGAUUAAAAAAGAACCUAGCAACAAUAAAGCAGAGGAAAGGAACAAAACAAAGCAGGAAGAGAAAAGCUCAACUGAAGCAAGUGAACAUGAAAAUGAAGAGGAAGACGAAGAAGAAGAAGAAGAGGAGGAUGAUGAGGAGGAGGAGGAAGACGAAGAAGUUGAUGCUAACAAAACUAAAGUGAAUACUAAUCCAAAGGGAAAAAUCACCAAACAGGCUCUAAACACCAUGACCAGAUCAAAGCGUAAACAGGAACUGGAACAACAAUUGGCCAAUAGCAAAGUGUUGCGCAAUGACAAGGUCAUACGCAACUUUGCCAACUCGAAUUCUUCCAACAAAAUCAAACGCAAAUACACACGUAAAUACAAUACGGUAAAUAGUCUGUUGGAAUCGGGCGGCUUAAGCAGAGAAUCGGGCAUAAUGAAAUCUACCAGGCUGAGGGCCAAGCUAGAAAGAAAUGGCGGUAAAUUGAAUCUGGUCAAGAAUAAUAAAACAAAAUCCAAUAAUAAACUACAAAAUAACAACAUUAAAGACUCCGCCGGUAAUAAAAUGAAAAAUUCAAAACCGGAAAAUGUGCACGAAAGAAAUGUCAUUGAUUUGUAUCGUUUUAAAAGGGCCCUAAAGGUGCCGCCCAGUUUGAUAAACAUCAAACAUCCGGGUGCUCAUAAAAUAGCGGCUUCCCUGCCCGAUUUGGAAAGGCAUGCCGAGGCCUUGGAGGCUUAUGCCAAAAAACGUGAAAAGAAUUCGCAGAAAAAUCAAACUAAAGUAAAAUCAUCGAAAAACUACAGCGGCUCAAAACUAAAGCCAGAAGCGGGUAACACUAGCGGCCACAGGAUGGCUGUUAGUGAGGAACCUAAAUCCAUAAUCGAUCUAUUACAUUCCCGGGUAACCAAGGCUUCGGGUAUAAAUGUGCGCAACAAGACCACCACUACCACGGCCGUCUACAGGCCAACGAAACCCUGCUGCACCACCAGUUCGAACAAUGUGAAACCGCCGUUAAGCAAUAGCAAUAAUAACUGCGGCAUGUUUAGUGAAACCUCGCAGACCACCGAGUCCAGUGAGCUGCAAAUGUUGCCCGAAUUGAAAAAAGAUUCCGACAUUGAGGAGGAUAACGAUGACAAUGAUUCCACCAAUGGCAAGAAAAGACACUUUAGCAUUUUUGAUACCAAAGUUUUGCCCACCAAAACCAGAACCGAAUCAAAGCUGCAGCAAAAGAAAGAGAAUAUACGGGAAAUAUUUGUGGGUGAUGAUCGUCCAGCCUCGGCACCGCCCGAAAUCACCCAAACACUAGAUGCCACCGAGAAAAUGACUUAUGAACAGAAAUACGAACAGUUUUUGCAACAAAUGAAUAUUGUGGUAAGUGCGGAUACGUUGGGUAGACUGGGACGUACGGCGGCGGCCAAAAAACUACCCGGACUGCCGACGGCAAAUAGCCAACAAGAUUUGUCCGCCCUAAAUAUCAAGCAAGAAGAAUUCGAUACCGAAUCCACCAGUGUCAUAGAUGCCGAUGAACUGAAAGAUGAUCAUAAAUUGUUGCCCAAUCUUUGUCGCAAACGUCGUGGCAAAUAUUUGCGUCGCAAAGGCAGUUCCGGCUUUGACUACAUACGUAAAAAGAAAAAGCCCACACCAGCCUCUUCCUCCGCCCACAAUCACGCAUCGCAACACAACCAUCAUCACAAUGGUCCUCUCUCCAAUCUUCAUAAUUUCUCCAUUAAAUCGGAAAAAUAUGAUAUGGACGAGUACAAGCACAAAAUCAAGACAGAGGAUGAUGUAAGUCGUGAAAUCCAGAAAUGGGUACUCAACAAGGGUGUGGGUCAGAGUACAAUGCAUAAGGCUGCCCGCCAGGGUUACAUGGAUGUGAUAGUUUAUUGUUUGGAUCGUAUGGGCAUGAAUCCGGAUCAAAAAGAUAAUGCUGGCUAUACACCGUUACAUGAGGCCUGCACAAAUGGUUGGCUAAAUAUUGCUCGUGUUUUACUGCAAUACGGUGCUAAUCAUUCGGAAGCCGCCCAUUCGGGUAUACGGCCACUGCAUGAGGCUAGUGAAAAUGAUCAUGAGGAAAUUGUUCGUUUGCUAUUGUCCUAUGGUGCUGAUCCGCUAUUGGCUACCUAUUCAGGUCAAACUCCCUUAAUGUUAGCUUCAAGCAAAACAAUGCGUGAUAUUUUAAGUAAUCAUUUAGUAGAUGUACAAAGUAUGGGACCUGAACGUAAGCCAUGGCGAUUUAAUGGACCUUGGGAAAUAUAUGAUCCUUCGGAAUGUGGUUAUAAUAUGUUUGAGGGUGCACCAAAUACAGUAUGUGAUAUGAGCCGAGCUCUUUUACGUAGAGGUUCUUUAACCAAUAAUCAAAUGUAUCAAAACAAUAAAAAACUAUUCAAUGUGCUCAAUACAACUAAUGCAACAGCCACUACUACUCAACAAACAUUAACAAAUAAUCUCUCCCUAACAGCAGCUAACACAGCUACUGCUUCCACUGGCCAAAGUGCAAUGUUAAAUAAUAGUAAUAAUAAUAACAAUAAUAAUAAUAAUAAUGCAGCAAGUAGUAGCAGCACAACAAGUGCUAACAGUAGCAGCAGUAGCAGCAAUACAUUGCAAGCAGGAAUUGAAGUCCAGCAGUUACAGCAGCAGCACCAGCAACUUAAAACAAAAGGGGAGACCUCAACUAAGACUGUUAUGGAAAAAUGUGCAGUUGUACUGGAUAAUAUAGAUCAUUUCAAUGCUGUACGCUUGAAUAAUGCUAAUAAACCGGAAAUUUUAGUAGAAAAUUCCGAUAGCGACGGUGAAAUGUUUGAAUUCGAAGAGGCUGAUGUUUUACUACCGCCCCUAUAUCUAUUGAAAGAUGAGGGUACCCAAGAUAAAUGGGUAUUACUAAAUGAUUUGUGCAAUUUACUUAAAGUUAAAUCCAAGGAUACUUUAUUAAAUAAGAUUUAUCCCUCUACAUCGUCUACAACAGCCGCUUCCCUAGCCAUCGCUCACAAAAGUCUUAUGCGUGAAUUAAAAAUGUCGGAUUUCCUGGAGAAGGCGACAUGUUUACAACUUUUGUGCGCUGGUGAGAAAAUAAAUAUAUGCGCCUCCAAGGUUGUCCUUAUAAAAUACAACGAGAAUGUUAGAAACUUAUUAGGGGUCAAAACAAUAUUAAUGAAAUUUUAGAAAUAAAUUUAAACCAACAAAAAACUUUAAUUAAUUUAAACAUUUAAAAUGAAAAAAACAAACAAA